CUAGCAUGAAAGUUUUAACAGUUAAAUUAAAUAAUAACAUAAUUUAAGUGAAAAGUGAACAUGGGAAAAACAACAAAAGUAGUUGUUUGUGGAAUGAAAGGUGUCGGAAAGACUGCGCUGUUGGAGCAACUCAUUUAUGGGAAUGUCAAUGUCAAGACAGAAAUUCAUCCUACGAUCGAGGAUAUUUAUGUAGCGAAUAUAGAAACGGAUCGCGGCACGAAGGAAAAAGUGCGAUUUUAUGACACAGCGGGACUGGAAUCUCUUCAAAAUAAUGCGAAUAAUCAACAACUUCCACGACAUUAUCUUGGUUUCGCUGAUGGAUACGUCUUAGUUUACGAUACCGCGAAACCCGAAUCCUUAGAUGUAUUGUUUCCAUUGAAAAAAGACAUCGACAGAAAUAAAGAUAAGAAGGAAAUAACCGUGAUUGUCGUUGGAAAUAGAACUAAGGCUGAAGAGGAAUCUCACAGUUUGGAAAAUACUGCAAGUAAGGCUGCAAAUUGGUGUACUAGAGAGAAACUGAAACACUACGAAGUGAAUGUCAUGGAUAGGCUAAGCCUGCUUGAUGCAUUUGUUCACCUGUCCUCCAGAUUAAAUCCUCCUACCAAUAAAAGCACAUUCCCACAGUUGAGUAUGGGUAGAAAAAAUGUGAAAGUCGAUGGACCUUAA